AGACAAGGAGCGAACGCAUUGCGUACGUGUUGCGCGAUCAGUAGCCCACGGAAUCGUGUGCGCACAUGAUUUCGGUAGACGACGCAAGUUUUUUUUUUCCCCGUACUCUUCGUAACGAAUGAGCAACCCGAGAAAAGUGUGAUGAAAUCGUGAGUGCUCCCCUUGUUCUAAAAAUAUCGCGUGUAAUAUCGGAUUUUGAAUCCGUAUCGUACGCAACGUCGAUUAUCGUGCAAAUCGUGAUUAGACUCUGGCAAUUGACAACGUUAAAGCUCUCGAAACGCAAGAAAAAUGGAACUGCAACUGCAACGAGUGGGAAUCGCGUUUAGCUUGAUAGUGCUGUUUUCUGUAUUUGAAUUUUGCACAAGCAACGCCGCUCCCUGGACCGGUAACCAUGACGAGCAGACGCACGUAGUCGGAAAGGACUCCCGAAAGUUGAAAAAGCUGAACGGAGCGUUAAAGCUGGUAGGAGGAAACGGCGAUCAUGAAGGAAACGUGGAAAUACUUCACGAUGGGAAGUGGGGCAGUAUAUGCGACGACGAAUGGGACGACUCCGAGGCCAAUGUGGUUUGCAGGCAAUUAGGCUUUAACGGUGCAAUUAAAGCAACGACAUACGGCCACUUCGGUCAGGCGAGAAGAAGGUACUGGAUGGACAACGUUUACUGCGACGGAUCCGAGAUCGAACUCGCGAAAUGCCGUUUCGACGGCUGGGGCAAUUCCGAUUGCGACACCAACGAAGCCGCCGGCGUCAUUUGCUUGCGCGACGAGGAAACGAGAGCAUCGCCACCAAUUCCGCAAGUGAAGCCGAAAGCCAGAAUAAAGGACACGUACCAGCAAGGCACGGCUCUACAAUUAUUCGGAGGACGUGUAUAUUCCGAGGGCCAGGUGGAAAUUAAAUUGGGCAAUACAGAUUGGGGUGUCAUCUGCGGCGACAGUUGGUCCAUUCUCGAGGCCGCCGUGGUUUGCCGUCAAUUGGGCCUCGGUUACGCCUCUGACGCGGUACAGACUAAUUUCUUCAGCAAUGGGAAAACGAUCCCGAUAUCAAUCAGCGGAGUACAGUGCAAUGGGAACGAGGGAAAUCUGGCAGAGUGCCUGCAUGACAAGGUUACAGAUUGUCCAGGGAUAGCGGAGAAUGUGGCGGGGGUGAUAUGUCGUUGGGACAUGCCCGAUCUCGUGUUGGAUCACAUCGAACUGAUGCGCACGGCACAUUUGGAGGACCGUCCGCUCGCCUGGUUGAAUUGCGCGAUGGAGGAGAAUUGUGUGGCCUCGAAGGCCUACGAGGUGGAACGCAAUUACGGAACAGGGCUGGAAACGAGACGACUGUUGCGCUUCACCGCGAGUGUCUUGAACGCGGGCACCGCGGAUUUCCGUCCGUCUUUGCCUAAACAUGAAUGGGAAUGGCACAUGUGUCAUAUGCAUUAUCACUCGAUGGAAGUAUUCGCCACUUUCGAUGUAAUCGAUUCGAGCGGCAAUAAAGUCGCCGAAGGCCACAAAGCGUCCUUCUGCCUCGAGGACAAUCUAUGUAUGCCCGGUGUCCAACCCAGAUACAAAUGCCUCAAUUACGGAGACCAAGGUAUUUCCGUUAAUUGCACUGACAUUUACAAGUACAAUAUCGACUGCCAGUGGGUGGACAUUUCCGAGCUCGAGCCAGGACAUUAUACGCUCAAGGUUGCAGUGAAUCCCGAAUACAAAGUUGGCGAGAUAUCAUAUGAUAACAACGCGGCGAUCUGCCGUCUGCUUUAUACGGAAACUUUUGCGACUGUCCACAGUUGCAUAGUGGGACGUCCUUGACACGAUUGCGGAGAUUUUUCUGGAGCUAGGGACAAUCUAAGGGAUGAGAGAUUUCAUGUCGGGCGCGUUGGCGUUGGCUGGACAUAACGAAACAAGAGGGCGACACCCCGCGACACAUUGCGACCUUGCGAGUGAAUUUCACAAUUCAGAAACAGAACUUUAAUCGAAACGCAAGGAGUGUCAUAAAAUUGGAAAAAUGGCAAACGUUAGAAUAACUGGAAAAAAAAUCGAAGAAUUAGAUUUAAAAUUGUUACGUUACUUGAAAGACCCAUAUUCAGAUAUGUCCAACGUAUUGUUAUAAUCUCAUACAUAUUUCAAAUAAAAAAAUUAUAAAUUGAAAGAGUAGUUAAUACAUAAAAAAUAAAAGUAAGUUUGAAA